AUGGAUCGCAAGAUCGAUCGCGAAACGCUCGCCGCACUAGUGGAGUCGGAGCCGUGCUUAUGGUAUCCUGGUCACGAUCACUUCCACAGGAAGGACAAAAAGAUGAAGCCUGGGAGAGGAUUGUCGAAAAGGCGAGACAAAGGAAUUAUUUGCGAUGGUGAGAGUAUGCGAGACGGAUAUAAAAGAGCGAGGAAUCCGCGAAGCAGUUCUGCCGGAAGAUCCACUGGAUUCAAUCAGUGUCUGAGUCUGGACCAGGCGGAUGUGGGAGGAGUGCGUUCGUCAAACAUUGACGAAACAGGAGAAGAUUCGGAUUAUUAUCAAGACGAGAACGGUAUGGUAUCGUGA